AGGCACGAUAUGUAUUAGUUGCUGCGAUAAAGAAGGGAAGCAGAAGAUGGAGCGGGAGGGGGAAGAGCCUAACCAGAGUGGAUCUCGCUCUUCGGAGGAUCCAAACCCGUGUCCAAUAUGCCUCGCACCGAUGGAUCGAGAAGCCUAUCUCGACAUGUGUUUCCAUAAGUUCUGUUACAAUUGCAUUGUACAUUGGACUGAAGUGAGUGCCAGAAAGCAUUCUUGCUCACCUUCUUUUGUAAAAUGCCCUCUGUGUAAGAAGGAAAACUUUUCAAUCAUUCAUGGCUUUGAUGGGAGUUCUUUCGAAAGGCACUAUGUUAAUCAAACUUUUGGGAAUGGUUUUCUUCUUUCUAGAGCACACAAGUAUAGGUUACAAUGCUAUUACACCGAACCAGGUAUCCUAAACGACAUUUUUGAUGUACCAUGGUAUUGGAAAUCUCGCAAGUAUGUUCAGGCAAAUCAGUGGCUCCUAAAUUGGUUGAGAAGGGAAAUUCAAGCUUUGGUGCUGGACGAAGAUGUGGAAAUCAUUGCACAUCACAUACUUGACACGAUUGAUUCAUUCCGGAGAAGAAAUGAGCAGAAGCAUAAAACAGGAACACCUGAAACAAAACAAGAAGAAUUCAAGCUUCUAGUAUCUGAUGCCGCUAGGCGUUUUCUGAUGGCAAGAACAGAUCGUUUCGUGCACGAGCUGGAGCUUUUUCUUGCUUCUGGUUUCAACCUUGAGGCUUAUGAUGCAGUUUAUAUGCAGCGAUUGGGUUGGAACACACCCAGAGGGACCACAGUGGUUGCAGAAGAAGAACAUAAUCAAUCUGUGAUCCCGUAUUUAUACAUCUUUGAUGAUGAGUCCGAUGAAGCUGAUUGAUAGUUUGCUUCAUAGUGUCUUAGUACUUCAAUGUUUUCUUGUCAUUUGAAUAUCAUCUUAAUUUUACUUUUGAUUAAGCUCUAUACUUUUUGGAAUUAGUCUAAAUUUUCUGAAUAUCAUUUUGAUGCUAUCCGACCAAUUAGUGUAUCGCUGGCUAAUUAAUACGUUUUUUAUUCUGUAAGAGAUUGUAAGUUUGAAUCAGAUUAUUAUUUUUAUA